AUGUUAGCAGGCUCUCCUAAUUUUCGUGCAAAGGGAAGACAGACUUACAUGGAAGUAUUUUCUUCGUCAAAUGAAGCAUCACUAAAGCUAAUUUACCUACUAACCAAAAUUUCUGGUUACAACUCCCAAAGUCUUGUAGUAGAAAAUGUUUUACAAAUUGAAUGCGUAAUCAUCUGCACACCGCCCCCUCUGUCAUCAGCCCUAUCAGUAGAAUUACAAAAACAGAAAAAAUAG